AGCUUUGCACGCAUCAUUUAAAGCGCCGACGAAGUUGGAAAAAAAAGACUGAAAAAGGUUGAAGAAGAAGCGGAAGAGACACGAUUCUCGUCUGACUAAUAAUCAGCUUCAGAUUCGUUUCAUUACCAGAUUGAUCUCGCCAUUUACUCAAUAGAUUCUCCUCGGGAAAUUGAAGAUCUGGUCACACAAUCAAGAGCUAAAAGCAUGGACGAAAAUACCAAAUUUGAAUCCGGAAAUGGUAAAACCGAGCUGGUAAAAUUCAUUGCUGAUAGGCUUGCCGAUAUCAUGAAACCAGCCGCUCGGUAUUAUUCCUCACUUAAAGAUUUGAUGGUUCGUGGGAAAAGAAGAUACACGCUUGUUAAAGAUGUUGGCGACAUGGAAACAGGAGUAUAUGACAAACCUCUUCCAUGCUUUGGUUGUGGAAUCGGAUGGUUCUCAUUUCUCCUCGGAUUUGUGUUUCCACUUUUGUGGUACUAUGCUACAUUUCUUUACUUCGGGAACUAUUACCGCAAAGAUCCUAGAGAAAGAGCUGGUCUUGCUGCUUCCGCAAUCACUGCGAUGGGAUUCUCUCUUGUGUUGCUCGUGAUUUUGGCUUUAAGGUGGUUUUAAUAUCUUCAGAUACAUAAUGUAACUAUGUAAGUAUGCAUACAUUCUUAUAAGUUCCGUGCUCAUCAAGGAAUAGUUACGGGAACUUGGCCUCAUGUACAUUCAGAUAAAACCAUAUGAUUUUACUUCAAUCUUUUUUGCUUAAAGUUGUGUAUUACUUUUUGUUCCCAACUUUCAGAGGCUGUAUA